AAAAAAAAAAAAAAAGUGGGGCUCGUCUCUUCGGGGUGUUUUUCUCUCCCCCAUCCGCUGUGCCCACUUGCUCGCGACUCCGGGACUCGCGCGGCGCCCAGGUUUGCAGAGAGGCUGCGGGACCCGCGGGCUCGCCCGGGCCUGCGCCGGGACUGGCUUCGCCACCUCCUCCAGCCUCCUCCCCUCCCUUCCCCGCCCUCCCGUACACUUGAUCGCCGAGCCUUGGGCGGCGCAGCCGGGGCGUCCCCGCGCUCCCUCCCCCAGACCUGCGCGCUCCUGCGGCUCGGCCGGUCGCUAGUCCCGCUCGGUUCCACUGGACUCCCGCGGGCCAGUCGCUGGGCUUCGAGGAGAGCUUCGCGCUGCGGCCCCGGGCAUCUCGCUUGGGUUCAGUUUUGUUUAUUAUUACUAUUCUUUUCUCGAGAGUGCGCGCCUAGGCGGUGGUCCAGACCCGCCCGGGGAGGAAGAUGUCAAACGUACGAGUGUCUAACGGGAGCCCCAGCCUGGAGAGGAUGGACGCCAGACAAGCGGAGCACCCCAAGCCCUCCGCCUGCAGAAACCUCUUCGGCCCGGUUAAUCACGAAGAGUUAACCCGGGACUUGGAGAAGCACUGCCGAGAUAUGGAAGAGGAGAGUCAGCGCAAGUGGAAUUUCGAUUUUCAGAAUCACAAGCCCCUGGAGGGCAGAUACGAGUGGCAGGAGGUGGAGAAGGGCAGCUUGCCGGAGUUCUACUACAGACCCCCGCGCCCCCCGAAGGGCGCCUGCAAGGUGCCGGCGCAGGAGAGCCUGGAUGUCCACGGGAGCCGCCAGGCGCUGCCUUUAAACGGGUCUCAGGCAAACUCUGAGGACUCGCAUUUGGUGGACCAAAUGCCAGACCCAUCCGACAGCCAGGCGGGGUUAGCUGAGCAGUGCGCAGGGAUGAGAAAGCGACCUGCAACAGAAGAUUCUUCUUCGCAAAACAAAAGGGCCAACAGAACUGAAGAAAAUGUCUCAGACGGUUCCCCAAACGCUGGUUCUGUCGAGCAGACACCCUCUAAGAAGCCUGGUCUUCGAAGACGGCAAACGUAAACGACUCGAAUUAAGAAUGUUUCCUUGUUUAUUAGAUGCAUCACUGCUUGAUGAAGCAAGGAAGAUAUACAGGAAAAAAAAUUUAAAUACAUAUGGCUGACUCCAUGGAAUGGACAUCUUGUAUAAGCACUGAAAAGCAACAACAUAAUAACACUAAAAAUUUUAGGCACUCUUAAACGAUCUGCCUCUAAAAGCAUUGGAUGUAGCAUUGCGCAAUUAGGUCUUUCCUUAUUUGCUUCACUGUACUACCUGUGUAUAUAGUUUUUACCUUUUAUGUAGCACAUAAACAUCGGGGAAGGGAGGGCAGGGUGGGGCUGAGGAAUUGGCAUGGGUAGGGGGGAGGAUUGAAGAAUUUGCUUCAGUUACUAGCAAGGAGAAAAAUAUUUGACUUGCAUGAAGAGAAGCAAUUUUGGGAAGGGUUUGAAUUGUAUUCUUUAAAGGUAUAAUGUCUCUUUCAAUGAGAACUGAUACUUUAUUUUUAAAAUAAUCAAAAUUUCAAUACUGGCUACAAAUAGUUACUAUUUAUCUUUACAUGAAGCUUAAUCUCAUUUGGGAGUUCUGACCAUUCCGUUAUGUAGCAACAAA